UUGUAAACAUACCCAUUUCACAUUUGCCUGAACAAUGAAAAAUAAUUGAUAACAUCGAUAUAAUAUUAUUAUCUUAUGUCCGAAAUUCUAAAUUCCGAAAAUCGUACGUCUAACUUGUAGGUCUAACUUGUAGGUCUCGUACAAUUGUUGUAAUGCGCAAGUAUAACUUUAAAAUCUCGUUUUAGUUAAAAUAAUUCCUAAAUUUAGUAUCUAUAUUAUUAGAUACCUACAUCAUUAAAGUCAACAAUUUAAAAUAAAAUUUCAAUGAUAUAAAAUAUUUUUAAUAGUUAAUUAGUGUUUCUAAGUUCUACCAUUUAGUAUUAUAUUUGAAAAACUAAUUUGUCUUGUAUUAAUUUAUCAUGUCAUUUAAUAGAAAUGAGGAUGAAACAUUUAGCACUACUUUUGAUAUUGGAUCAUUACCUAAACACUAUGAAUUUAAUGAAUUUAUAUCAGAUGAAGAUACAGAAUCAGAUAGAGACGAUUUACCAAGACUUGUACUCAUGGGCUUAAGAGGGAGUGGGAAAACUUCAAUACAGAAAGUAGUUUUUCAAAAAAUGUCACCUAAUGAAACUUUAUUUAUCGGAAGUAAUAAUUCAAUGCUAAAAGAUGUUGUUAAUAAUUCAGCAUUUGUGAAUUUCCAAAUUUGUGACUUUCCUGGUCACUUUGACUUCUCUGAUUCUGAAUAUGAUGUACAAUCUAUACUUCAAGGAUGCCAAUCACUUGUAUUUGUGAUUGAUGCUCAAGAUGCUAUAGCUAGUGCGCUUAAUCGUUUACAUUCAGUUGUAACAAAAGCUUACAAAAUAAAUAAGAAUAUAAAAUUUGAAGUUUUUAUUCAUAAAGUGGAUGGACUCACAGAAGAUACUAAAAUGGAAACUCAACGAGAAAUCCACCAAAGAGCUAAUGAUGAUCUUGUAGACUCAGGAGAUGAACAAAAAAUAUAUAUUAGUUUCCAUUUGACGUCAAUUUAUGAUCAUAGCAUAUUUGAAGCAUUUAGUAGAGUUGUGCAAAAAAUGAUUCCUCACUAUGCAACUCUUGAAAAUUUUCUAAACAUCAUUAUAUCAACAUCUGGAAUUGAAAAAGCAUUUUUAUAUGAUGUAAAAACUAAAAUAUAUGUAGCAACUGAUUCAUCACCGGUUGAUAUUCAAAGUUAUGAACUAUGUUGUGAUAUGAUUGAUGUUGUUAUAGACUUAUCAAAUAUUUAUGGUUUGGGAGAAAACCCAGGAUUAAUGAAUGAUCCAGCUUUCGAUGAUCAAAGUUCAAGUCUAAUUAAAUUAAAUAAUGGUACAAUUUUAUAUUUAAGAGAGGUGUGCAGUUUUUUGGCACUUGUAUGCAUACUAAGAGAAGAUAACUUUGAAAAACAAAGAAUUAUAGAUUAUAAUUUUGUGAUUUUACGAAAAGGUAUACAUAAGCUUUUUGAAUUAAAAGAUAAAGAAAAAGAAAGUAUUGAACCUAGAAAACCACCAUCAUUUAAGUAAUUAAUAGUUUAACUCAUUUAUGUUUGAAUAUUAUACCAAUUACUAAAGUUUUACUUUAUUUUAAGAUAAGUAAGUUUAUAUUUAAUAAUUUUUAAAAAUAAUUGAGGUUAUUGCAUUGUGAAACUUAUCAAAUUGAAAUGGCGUUAAAAAAAAACUAAUAUAAAAUUAAUAAAUUAACAUUAGUUAAAUUUAUAAAUAAUAUUUUUUGUACAUUCAUUAUUAUUUAAGCAAGGUAUUUGUCAGAAUAUUUUUCAGGAAAAUAUUCAUUUCAAAAAUAAAUGAUACCCAAAUCAUAUU